AGCAAACCCACCAUUUAAAUCUCUUUUAUUCUUCCUAAAAAUAUAAUCUUUUUUAUUUAGAGGGUAAAAAGGGGUAUGAAGACGAUGAUGAUGAUGAACAAGUCUUGGGAAUCAUAAGAAGCAGGCUACAACGCAGCCUUCUUUUUCUGAUUUCUUUUUUAUCCCUCUCUCUUUUUUCUUUUUGUUUUUCAUUUUCCUCUCUUCACAAAUUAUUAAUCUUGCGGUGAUCAUAUCUCAUCUCAUCAUAUUUUUCAACUUCAAUCUUCAACUACAUCUCAAAGAGUCAUGCCGACUUUUACAACUGUGGCUUUGGAUACACUAAUAGAGCCAGGAGGGUCUAAGACGACGGUGGCAGGGAAGUAUGUUCCUGACCAGAAAUUGGAUAGUCGAGAUGCCACUAGUUCAAAAAUCGAGAGAAUGGGUAGUUUGCCUAGUUCAAAGUCGAAUAGUGCGAUUGAUGUUCCUAAACCUAGAAUGGAGAGAAGGAAUAGUGCGUCAGCCACAGAUAUUAAUAGUAAACGCCAGUUUAACCGCAUUUCUCCAGCGCUAUAUGCCACUCCUGAGACAACCCCUCUUCCAGUUGUUCCUGAUUCUCCGUCGUCCUUCCCUCCAUCCCCUUACAUCAUUAAUCACAAGAGGCGAGGGCCGCGGCUUCUCAAGAGUUUAUCUCAGGAAGAUGUUGCUACUCGUGAACAAGAUGUAGAGAAAGACAAGGUAGCUGUAGAUGCGAAAAAUGAAGAAAGGGAGGAGAUUGAUACAGACAAGGAUGCUGAAUUUACAUUUAAUGUUCCUCCCCCUAUCGAUGUUGCUCAUGAUAAAGGUUUUCCUAAUGGAGGACUUGAAAACAGUGAAUUGAGAAACAGUUUGAACACACAAAGUGGUCCUUUAAAGUCUGUUGCAGUAAAUGAACGAAGAGAUGGUGAACCUGAUGAUUUCUUUGAUCCUCAAGACUCGUUGAGCGUCAAAAGCAAUACUAGCAAUGGAGGGGAACAACCUUUUACUCGUGCUACACCUUCAGAGUUUUAUGAUGCAUGGGAAGAACUUUCCCCUGAUAGUGUACCACAGCAGCUUCCUUUAAAUGAAGUUGAGACUGAAUUGCGUGAAAUAAAAUCAAGUUUGUUGAUGGAGAUAGAGAAACGAAAGCAGGCCGAAGAAUCUCUGAAUAAUAUGCAAAGCCAUUGGCUGAGGAUCCGGCAGCAUUUGUCUACUGUUGGCUUGACUCUGCCUGCAGAUCCUAUUGGUGCAGUGGAGGAUAGUAAUUUGGAUGAUCCAGUGGAAGCACUGUGUCAACAAGUUAAUCUUGCCCGUUAUGUGUCUAGUUCCAUUGGCAAAGGAAUUGCAAAGGCCGAGGCUGAGGCAGAAAUGGAAUCGCAAAUUGAGGCCAAGAACUUUGAAAUUUCUCGGUUAUGGGACAGACUGAAUUACUAUGAGGCUGUUAAUAGAGAGAUGUCUCAGAGGAAUCAGGAAGUUGUAGAGAAAGCACGCAAGCUUAGGAAAAGUAGGAAGAAAAAGCUGAGGUGGGUUUGGGGAUCACUUGCUGUUGCAAUCACAGUUGGAACUGCUGCAGUAGCAUGGUCUUAUAUCCCAAGUGGAAAAGGAACGUCUUCCUCUAAUCAGUCCGAUGCUCCUCGUUCAUCCAAGUCAUAAUCGUCUAUCCUAUCCUUCAUGAUUGGCUUUUGAAGCAUUCACCAGACUAUAAUUCGAUAAUUGUGCUACCAUGUAUAUACCUUCCUAUGGGCCUGUCUUGACAGCACAACAAGUUUUUAUUGCCCAAGGUUUACGUUCCAGGCUUGCAGCUGGAGAAUAAUGUCAGCAUUCUUGCCUUGUAUUCAGCCUCUUCAUGUGGCAGGCAAUCUGACAUCCUUCAAAUUCUGGAUGAAGCUAUAAAAUUUGAUUCUAUAGUGUUAUUUUGAACGUACUAAUUUUACUUCCACAAACAUAUCUCUGCAAAAAGUAAAGGUUUCGUUGGUGUAUGCAUAAUAUAAGCGUUUCAGCUUCAUUUUUGA